CAAACCUCAGCCCGUUUUCGGCUCUGUGGGAAAAUGGCUGCUCACUUGAAGAAGCGGGUUUAUGAGGAAUUCUCUAAAGUUGUUCAGCAACAACCUCAUGAGGAGGUGCCAGCAAAGAAGCUUCGGCUGACCAAGCCUAGUAAAUCUGCAGCCCUUCAUAUUGACCUGUGCAAAGCCACCAACCCCACAGAUGCCCUGCAGUAUCUCCUCAGCUUUGCUCGCAAGCCAGUGGAGGCAGAAAGCGUUGAGGGGGUCGUUCGUAUUCUCCUUGAGCACUAUUACAAGGAGGUGGAUAACUCAGUCAGGCUGAAGAUUGCUUCACUGCUUGGCUUGCUGUCCAAAACACCUGGUUUCUCUCCAGACUGCAUUGUGGACGAUGUCAUAAGCACCCUCAAUAAUGAUAAGUCUAACCAGGUGCUGGCACAGUUGUUAGACACUCUGCUGGUCAUUGGCACGCAGCUCCCAGAAAACACAGCGGUCACUCAGAGGCUCAUCGAGGUGGCAUGCAAGCAUCUUAACAGCACCUACUUUGGUGUACGGAAUAAGUGUCUGCAGCUCCUGGGCUGUUUGGGAACUGUUGACAAGCCUCUGACCAAAGAGAGCGAGGCAGGCACCUCCGUUGCACCACUGCGUGACGUCCAGAGCUUGAUCAGUGACUACUUCAGUGACCAGGACCCCCGCGUUCGCACAGCGUCUAUUAAAGCUAUGCUACAGCUGCACGAAAGGGGAAUGAAACUCCAACAGACCGCAUACAGCCAGGCCUGCAAGCUCUUGAAUGAUGAUUAUGAGCAAGUUCGCUCAGCGGCUGUCCAGAUGGUGUGGGUGCUGAGCCAGCUUUACCCCGAGAGUAUCGUCCCCAUCCCCUCGUCCAAUGAAGAGAUUCGGCUCAUAGAUGACUCAUUUGGGAAGAUCUGUCACAUGGUCAGCGAUGGCUCCUGGAUGGUCCGAGUGCAGGCUGCCAAACUACUGGGCUCAAUGCAGCAGGUGAGCCCUCACUUCUUGGAGCAGACGCUGGACAAGAAGCUGAUGUCAGAUCUCAGGAGGAAACGCACAGCACACGAGCGAGCUAAAGAGCUCUACGCUUCUGGGGAGUUCUCCUCAGGCCGGAAGUGGGCAGAUGACGCUCCAAAAGAGAAAGUGGACACUUCGGGUGUAAACCUGAUCGAUUCCGGAGCCUGUGGAGCUUUUGUUCAUGGCCUCGAGGACGAGAUGUAUGAAGUGAGGAUAGCAGCUGUAGAGGCACUUUGCUCUCUGGCACAGUCGUCUCCCAGCUUUGCAGAGAAGUGCCUGGAUUUCCUGGUGGACAUGUUUAAUGAUGAGAUCGAGGAGGUGCGUCUGCAGUCGAUCCACGCCUUGAGGCAAAUCUCCACCCACAUCACCCUGAGAGAGGACCAGCUGGACACUGUGCUUGCUGUGCUGGAGGAUUCAUCGAGGGACAUUCGGGAGGCACUGCAUGAGCUGCUAUGCUACACGAACGUGUCGACUAAAGAGUGCAUCCAGCUGGCCCUGCUGGAGCUGCUGAAGAACCUCACCAAGUACCCCACCGAUCGCAACUCUGUGUGGAAAUGUUUGAAGUUUCUUGGUGCUCGGCAUCCUACUCUAGUGCUGCCCAGUGUCCCUGAGCUUCUGAGCACACAUCCUUAUUUUGACACCCCGGAGCCAGACAUGGAUGAUCCUGCAUAUAUUGCUGUAUUAGUGCUGGUAUUUAACGCAGCAAAGUCUUGUCCCACCAUGCCGGCUCUGUUCUCGGACCACACCUUCCGGCACUACGCCUACCUGCGGGACAGCCUGUCCCAUCUGGUGCCUCACCUCAGGUUACCAGGCAGGAAGCAGACAGCAGUCCUGGGCUCAGAGUUGUCAGAAGUGGGGUCUGGCAGUUUGGAAUCAGCUCAGCAGUUCCUCCAAGAGAGCCUUGCUCGGGUCAGCACCCUUCAGAACCUCGACUCCCCUGGAGCUCAGGACCUGCUGGACUUCACUAUCAGAGACCUGCAGAGGCUGGGAGAGCUGCAGACAGAACUAGCUGGAUCAGCAGACUUCUGUGCCACUUACCUGCACUGCCAGCUUCUGCUUAUGAAGGCUCUGCAGGAGAAGUUGUGGAACAUGGCUGUGCCUCUGUGUCUGAAGCAGAAUGCUAUGGCAUCAACCGCUGCCCAGCAGAUCCUUGAAGAGACGUAUAAGUUGGAAUUCCUGUACAGCGGGCUGGAGACGCGUCAGGUGGCCACUAUUCACAAUGUACGACUGCAGGCCAAGGCACUGCAGCUCAUUCUGACUGCCCGCACCAAACGAGGGGUGGAGCCGCUCAUCGGACUGUGUGAGAAAUUCCUGCAGGAAGUGGAGUCGUUUCAGAGGCUGUUCAUGACAGAGCUGCCCCACUUUCAGGACAGCUUUGUGGAGAAGCUUCUAGAACUGAUGCCCAGACUUGUGGCCUGUAAACCGCUGGACCUAGUGAAGAUCCUCCAGACCACGCUGAGACAAAGCAGAUUCAUACACCUCAAACUUCCUGAGCAGAUUCACAGAGCUUCAGCCACGAUCAUUGAGCCUACAGGAGAGUCAGAUAACCCUCUGCGGUUUACCUCUGGCCUGGUUGUGGCAUUAGAUAUUGAUGCAACUCUGGAACACAUACAAGACCCACAAACAACAGUCAAAGUGCAGGUACUCUAUCCAGAUGGACAGUCCCAUAUAAUCCACCCUAAACCUGGAGAUUUUAGGACCCCAGGGCCAGGGCGUGUGCGGCUCAUCACUCAGGUGUAUCUGUCUCAUUCGGCCUGGACAGAGCCGUGCCAGAUUGAGGUGAGGUUGCUCCUGGCCUACAGCUCCAGCAGCAGCAAGCUCGCUGCACCCAAACCGGCCUGGAACGAGAGCACCGAAGGCCUGCCAACAAGCGAGAGCUCCGUCGAGGGCACCAUCAACCUCAGCAAGCCUGUCAAAGUCUUCAUCAUGCCGAAACCAGCUCGACGCUAACCUGCGACUGAGAUACAAACGUGCAACU